GUCGCAAUCCGCAUCCGGGGCCUGGUGUGGUUUGCCAUCAGCACAUACAUCGUCAAACUGCGAACCAUGCUCGAACCCCUUCCAUUCCAUAUCUUACCUUUGGCGCCCGCAACACCGACAUACGAAUGACAUUGCCGUGCACAGCAAACCCGUAUUUGCAGAACGCUGACCCUUUCGCACUCCAGUACUAUGCCCGCACCGCGGUAUCGUCCAAGCCCGUUUGGUGGAAGAAGUACCUGACCACUCUUCAGAUCGUUCAAUUUGUCAUUGAUCUCGCUGCCAUCUACCUCGCCACCUACAUCUUCCUCUCGUCCACCCACCUCGCCCACAUCCUCCCCAACUUCAACCUUGGAACGUGCUCAGGAACUCCAUUGGCUGCUGGCAUCGGCUGUGUCAUCUUGAGCAGCUACCUCCUCCUGUUUGUCCAGUUUUUCAUCAAAACUUACAACCGUGUCGGCAAGAAGGGAUCCAAGGGCGGCAAGGCUCAUGCAUGCAGAUGUAAGGCGUAA